UUUCAGCCUUUUCUCCUCCUUUUUGAUGCUCUUCUGAAAACCCUAACCUUUUUCUUUACCAGUCCCAAUGCCCUAAUUCUCCUCGGUUUCUUACUAAUUCCAACUUUUUAGUUGAUAAUUCUUGUGGUUUCAUGGAUCUGGGGUUUUCUAAGCCUAACUCUACUCCAUUUCUCUCUUGUUGUAGCUUUAUAAGUGGAAUUACUGAUGAUUUGUUCAAUUUAGGGUUUUUUAUGGUUUUUUUUCGAUUCUGAAUUGUUCUUAUUGUGAAUAUAUUGAGUGAAUUGGGCGUCUUUCUGGUUUUUUCUUCAUAUCUGGUUUUUUUCCUUUGUGGAGUGAUUUAAAGUGGUUUGGUGGUUUUGAGAAAUUAAGGGUUUUCUAGUUGGAAAUAUGUGGAAUAAUGUUAAUAACAGUGUUGAGACUGUAAAUGCUGCUGCUUCCGCUAUUGUAACUGCAGAUCAUCGGGUGCAACAAGCCACUGUUCAGAAAAGAAGAUGGGGAGGCUGUUGGAGCGUGUACUGGUGCUUUGGGUCCCCACGCCAUGGCAAACGCAUCAGCCGAGCAGUCCUGGUCCCGGAACCAAUCCCCUCUGGUGAUGGUGCUCCACCACCAAACGAUCCCUCUCACCCUCCUCCCCCUCCACUUCCCUUUGUUGCCCCACCCUCCUCACCAGCCUCCUUCCUCCACUCGGAGCCCCCGUCAGUUUCUCACUCCCCUGCUGGCUUUCUCUCUCUAUCUUCUCUCUCCUCUGACCCCUACUCUCAAAACACUAACUCUAUCUUUGCCAUUGGGCCUUAUGCCCAUGAAACCCAACUUGUCUCUCCUCCUGUUUUCUCAACCUUUACAACUGAACCCUCGACUGCCCCUUUCACCCCACCACCUGAAUCUGUUCAUUUAACUACACCUUCAUCUCCUGAAGUUCCCUUUGCCCAGCUCGUAACUUCUCUCUCUCUAGAUCCCAAGAACCCAAACCACGCGAAGGGCCUUUCUCCGUUUGCCUCUUCCCGUCUCUCGGACCUCCAGGCGUACCAGCUCUACCGGAGGAAUGACAAAGGCCUUUCUCUUUCUCCCUCCUCCCCAUUCACUGAUCUUCAGGUUUGCCAGUUCUUUCCGACCAAUGAGAAGGGCCUCGCUGUUCCUUCUUUCUCUACCUCCUCCCUCCCUUCUCUCUCUACUUCCUCUAACUACUCAGACCUCCAGGCCUACCAACUCUAUCCUGGGAGUCCUGUCGGUCAGCUCAUAUCGCCAGUCUCAGGGUCUGGUUCCUCUUCUCCAUUUUUCCGACGAGGCGAGCCACCCCAGUUUUGUAGCAUUGAUGGGUCUGCUCCAUUUAGGAGUUUGGAGAACAAGGCCAAUGAUUCUAUUCAGGAUAUGGAUGAUAAGGAUCACAACCAAGAUGGCGAGGUUUCAAUGCAUAGAGUUUCAUUUGGAUUGAGUCAGGAAGAGGUUAAGGGUUGCAAUUCAGCAAGAGAUGUAGAGGAGGAAGCUGCACCAAUGGAAAAAAUUCAGGUUGGUCCGCCUGAAGAUGAGGGGUUUUCUAAUAUUCCUUCAAGCUUGGUUCAGUUUGAGAAUGAGGAGAGAGAAGGAAGAACGGAGGAUAAAGAGGCAGGUAUGGAUGAGAGAGAAGGAAGAGUGGAGGAGGGAGAGGGUUCUCCAUCUAUCUCUGGGGAGGUUUGCGGUAUUGGUGGGUUUGAGAAGCAGUCAGGGAAGGAGAAGCAGUCGGGGAAGGAGUUGGAGGGUUUGGGGGCUAGGGAGUUCAAGUUUGACAAUGCUGAAGGGGUGGUAGGGCCUCCUAGCAUUAGGGCUGGAGAGUGGUGGAGGACAGAGACACUUGGGGUGGAGGCUGAGACCAAGAAAUGGGCCUUCUUUCCCAUGGUACAGCCGGGGGUUAGCUGAGGAGGUGUUGUGGUUCAUGAUGGGUUGUUCCUUCUUGAAGGGGCAUGGCAAGAGCGAAGAAACAGGGGAACACUGGAAAUAUUUGCUAUUUUAUGUAUCAUAUUUGCACCAACACAGGGGGGGAAUAGAGAGAGAAACUAACCCAAAGAGGUGCUUCUGAAUCAAGAACUCAUAUGCCUGUCCCGGGUUUAGAGAGGGAGAGUGCUUACAAUCCAAUAUACCUUUCCUUGGUUAAGAUAGUGUAUCCACAUAUACAAAACCUGCCUCUGAUAAUGAGCAAGAGCUGGAGUGUGUCAGAGAGGGUUUAAACGGUUGAAUGAGAUCUUAGAUUAGGAUUGAGGUGAUUGAUACACUUAAAUUAUAACUCAAAAAAUUUAGAUCGAUUUCAAUAGUAAAACUGAGGACUGGCAUUCUGUUACAGAGCAUUGGAUUUCGCAAGACGACCUUUUUUCCUGGUCAAGGCAAAUGAAAACUGAUAUUCAUGUCAAGGCUCGAGUCAUUGAAUGGUUUAGGAAUUUGUUUUUGAGGCUUUUUCAUGGCAUGCCAGCAUUGUAUUUUAUGGCAUUUGGGGUUUAUUGAUUUACAGGGUUUGCGACAGCGAGGAGGAUGCAGAGAUGGCAAAAGGCUUUUCUAUGCUGGGUUGUAACAUGAGAGUGCAUGUCUCUGUGCACCAUGUACAAAAUCCUUGUAUAAAUUUAUAGGAUCAGAAGUAGUAUUAUUUGUGCUUCCUUUUA